AAACUGAGAGAUUUAUCAGAUGGAUGUGGUGCCAAGUUUGAAGCUAUGAUUGUCUCCCCUUUAUUUGAGGGUAAACCACUUUUACAAAGACACAGACUAGUAAAUUCCACAAUUCAAGAAGAAAUGAAAAUAGUUCACGCCUUUCAAAUGAAAACACUGACUCCAGAACAGUGGGAAAAACAACAAAAAUGA